CCUCCUCCCCGGGCCCCACAGUGCCUCUCGCUCGCGGGGCCACGCUUCCCACCGAAACUACAUCUCCCAGGCUGCCCGGCACGCCGCCCUGCUCCCCGGGACGGCUCCGUAGGGGUGGCGGGGGGCAGCUGUGGGGGCUGAGCCCCCCGGCAGCCACAGGCCCCCGCAUCCAGCCCCUGCCUACGGCCUGAGCAGGAUGGAGCCGUCAGAGAAGCAGCACAAGGAUUUCAUCGCUUUCAAGCUGCCAGACAAAAAAUGCCACCCCAGGAAGGACGGCGUCACGGGCCUGAUUAUGAAGCACCUCCAGAAGACCUUCCAGAGGCCCAUCUCCUUGCAGCUGUCUUCUCCCAUGGCUCUUUCUCAGUGCUGCUCGGGCUCUUGUCCAAACUUGAUGACAAGUAAAAGUGAAGCACAUGAAGAGAAGCCUAGGGAUGUGGCAUCUGUAGCCCAGCAGCCUGGCAGGACACCCUGGUCUCUCUGCUUGUCACUGUCAUCAGGAGGGGAGGGCCAGUUCGACCACCCAGCACCCCAGGACUGGCAGAGUGGUCCACAGGCCCAGAUGGAUGAGGCUCAGAGCAGAGGGGCAGCCCACAGCACGUGGUCCCCAGUGCAGGCAUCCCUCUCUUGCGCUCUCAGAUCCAGUCCCAGCCUGGGUCUUCCCCUGCCUUGCCCAGUGGAGCCCCCUUCCAAAGCCAAGCUUUCCAGCCACUUCUCCUCGUUCUUGCCACCAUCGUGGAGCAGCAGCUUCGAAUCAGAUUCUAGCCCUCUGUCCAGUGCCAGCUCCAAGAAAUCUCGCAGCGGUACCUGGAAAAAGAACCCACAUCCUGAGGAUCCCAGUGGUCCGAAGCCAGGAGAGCCUGUGUGUUUCCCCUUCACAGAACCCAUCAUUGCUAGGAUAACAGACUGCAUCUACCUGGGGAACCUCAACGCUGCUUACAGCGGGCGGGCACUGUGCAAGAACAGCAUUGACAGCAUCAUUGAUAUGAGCAGUCUGCCCAGUGACCGCAGCCUGAGCAUCAUUCCCUGCACCUGUGGCCGGAGAGGGUUCAGGCACAGCUGGUCACGCCUCAAGGUUGACAUCCAGGCUCCCCUGGAUGGGGACCACUGCGAACUGGGGCAGCCCUGCUUCCGGGACAUCAACGAGUGCAUCGAAGCCUCGCUGGAGAAAGGGAAGCGUGUCCUGAUCCACUGCAGAGAUGGUUACUCUCUGGGUCCUGCUUGCGUCAUCCAGUACUUGAUGGUCAAGCACAGCAUGAGACUGCUGGCAGCCUAUGAGUUUGUGAGGGCACGGUACCCGCUGAACAUCCAGGAGUGCCAUCAGGACAUGCUGGUGGGUUUGGAGACAUCCCUGCAGCCUGGAGGUGUCAACGCGGCAGGCCUGAAGCACUCCCUGUCAAGGAAGACGGCAUGGAGCUAAAAGGGCAGGGCGGCUGUGUUGCCUGGCAGCAGCCCUGAAGAGGAAAAGCCAAAAGGAAAAUAGCCUUAACUUAUCGCAUAAGUGAAUGAGAUGACUGUUGCUGUGGGGUAUUUAGGACGGCGCUGGGGCAACAUGCAAAGGCUAUGGCCUUCCUCUGUAGCAGUUCCCAGUGUCUGGUGCCAGCAGAAUUAGUGUGGGGAGCUCUUUUAGGGAAACACCAGAGGGAGAGGGAAUGUCCUGGGUGAGGUGGGAGCCAUGUGCAUUGCUCUGAUGUGAUUUUGGGAAGGCAAAGGGGAGUCCCACAUUGGUUUGCUUAGUGCUCCUGCCUGAUUUUUUACUAUCAGCACACUUGCUGCUAAGCAGAAGGCCUAGGUCCUUGCUGACAGUAUCAUCCUUGGAAAUAAGAGCUGCUUCUUCCAGAUGUGUUAGGACCAGGGAGCAGGAUGGGACCAUGUAGAGGAGCAGAGCCAGUCUGGCACUGGAGGACCAUUCAGAACCAUAUGAAAUGGGAUCUAGGUAGUGAUAGAUGGAAACAUAAUGUCAUCUGGUGCCAUGCUGGAUUAGUUAGUCCAGACACAUGACUAUGCAGUGAAUGAGGUGCUUUACAGGACGCAGUGUCUGUCCACAUGAUGCUCGUAGGAUCAAGAGGAGGCAACCAGUAAUAUAAAGGUAAGGAGAUGGCCAUGAGGGAUAGCUUGGACCCAUGAUGGUUCCCUGGAAGAGCGUAGCUGGAAGUGCAAUACCUGGAUCUCUUUAAAAUAUAGGGCAGAACCUUCUUUAUGUGCCAGAUCUCCCCUCUGUCAGGGCCUUGCAGAGCACUUCUUGCUUUGUGCAAAAGCAGUGUAGCGAGAGGACAGCUGUUUCUGUGAACUCCCCGCACACCCAUUCAGACCAACCGUUGCAGGCACAACGUGAUAACCAAAAACUCGAAUUCAGGGCAAAUCUUUUUAUCCUGUGCAGCAUGCCUGCACUCCAGGAAGCUCAAUGAGCCUUCAUUUCAUGGGGCUGAAUGAAACUCCUUGGCUGCAGAUAAGCUUUGAACUGAUAACUCGCCAGUUUUGAUUCUUCCUCCAAAAGCUGAGCCACUAUCUCGAGGACCGGUGAGCCAAUGGUUGCCAGAAUAUGUGUAGUUGUGUAGGGAGAUGAAAAAAUAUUGCUGUAGAAACUCUGGAAUAAUAAAGAGUUGGUUUAAAUGAGACAAA